CCUGAACUUGGCCGACCUCAGCAGUUUCCGCCUCCAUCCUGGGGGAGGGUCUCUGGUUAAUGUCCUGGAGUCUACAGCCUGAAGAUGACUUCUAGGGACCAGCCCAGCCCCAGGGUUACCUUCAAAGAAACUUUGCCUCAUCCUGGGAUUUCUACCUCAGAGAGCUCUCCAGCCGUAAAUUAUCAGGGAAUCCUGGAGCAGUUUAAGCAGUUUACCAGGUUUCCCCCUCAUUUGGCUGGAAAGUUGGAGGGCAUUUGUAACUCGCUCCACAAGGUCCAGCAUGAUCUUGAAGAACACCACAAGCAGGUAGGAAACCUCUUACAGAUUGUGGAGAGCCGUAGCCAACCCCAGAGCAUUUCAUCCAUGGAGGUGGCCGAGAUCUCAUCUGCCAGUCCAGCUAGCCCUGAAGUUCCCCAGCACUUAGAGCCUAAGACCCCGCAGGAGUCCAACUUCGAAGAGGUCCUGGCCAUGAGGUCAUCUGACUGGCUCCAGCGGCCCUUUGGAACAGACACACAGCUAGAAACUCAGCUGCCCUGGGAUAAUGAACCCCAGUUUGGGCAAGAUAUUUUGACCGAGCAGCUCUGGCAGAUUUUUGCUGGUGUCCAUGAUGAGUCCAAAGACCUGAGACACAGAAUGACAGAGCAGGCACCAGGGUUGGAAAGCAAGGCCCCAGGUUCAUAUGAAGGAAGAGAACUGUGUACCGAGGAUGCCUCGAGUAAUCCCACUCCCAAUCUGCCCAAGACCUCCACUCGGCCCCCAAACCUUUCCCAAGAAGGGAGCAAUAGCCAGGGUAUGCCCCAGGAGGCUGUGGGAAAACCCUUUUCAUUUCUGAAGCCCAUAUCCUGGGAUCCUGAGGACUUCGAAGAUGCAUGGAAGAGGCCAGACACCAUGUCCUUGCAAUCCAAGAGGACGGCUGUGCCAUUCAAACUGGAAAAGAAGCGGACACUGGAACAUGGGGAGUCGGUGCUCGCCACAACGGUCAGCAGUUUCACGCGGCACGCAUUUACCUGCAGCAGGGGUGGUGUCAAGAUAUGGAGCCUGACUGGCCAGAUGGCCAAGGACAGGUUCCAUGAGAGCCACCUGCCUGUACAGACCCCAGGGGCCUAUCUUCGCACCUGCCUGCUUUCCUCAAACAGCAGGGCCCUGCUCACAGGUGGCUACAACCUGGCCAGUGUGAGCGUGUGGGACCUGGCAGCGUCCUCCCUGCAUGUGAAAGGUGAGCUGCCCUGUGAAGGUCUCUCCUGCCAGGCCCUGGCUGCCGACCUUGAUGAUAACCUGAUUUUUGCCGGCUUCUCCAGUGGCACAGUCAGGGUGUGGGACUUGCGGAAUCACAGCGUGAUCAGGGAUUUCAUGGCCUACCCAAAUGGAGCCAAAAGCAUGGUGGUCAAAAACUACAACAUCUGGACAGGGGGUCUGGAUGCCUGUCUACGGUGCUGGGACCAGAGGAUGGUGAAACAGCUUCAGGAGUACCAAUAUGAGUCCCAGAUAAUGAGCCUAACCCACAGCCCCCAAGAGGACUGUGUGCUGCUGGGCAUGGCUAAUGGGCAGCAGUGGCUGCAGCACACCAGUGGAGACAGGACACACGUGGUGGGAGAUAAUGGCAGCACUGUCCUGGGCCUCAAGUUCUCCCCUUUUGGCCAGUGGUGGGUGAGCGUUGGCAUGGACGACUUGGUCAGCAUCCAUAGUAUGCCCACAGGGAUGAAGGUGUUCCAGGUACCCGAGACCUCCUCCAUCAUGUGUUGUGACGUGUCUUCCAACAACCGCCUGAUCAUCACAGGGUCUGGGGACCAUGCCUCAGUGUACCAGAUCACCUACUGAGGGGCCUCCUUCUGUCACUCAACUCCAGCUCCUUUUUUUUUUUUUUUUUUUUUUUUUUUUUUUGGUGGUGGAGGGAAGUGGGAAGGAUCAUCCAUGCAUUGCAAGAGUCAGUGGUUUUCAGACUCUCAUCUUUGUCACAGGUAAUAAAGCAACCAGGAAAAGCAG